AUUUCCCAUUUACUACCAUUUUUUUAUUUUUUUUACAAUUUGAGUUUUUCUGAAUAUUUUUUGCGAUGAAUUUUAACUUUGAAGAAGAAGCAAAUGAAUUGGUGCGCCAAGCGAUCGAAAGCGCGAUCAAACAAGUUGUUUUCGAACAACGUCACGAUUUAUCAAACAUCUCAGCCAACUACAACGACAAUGAAACACCAAAAACCGACAAUAUAACAUGGGUGUCUUGCCAGAAGUUUAACCAAGAUGAAGGGGUCGAAAAUAUUGAAAAGUUUGUGGCGACAUGGAAGCGAGACAGUGCCUGGUUGUAUUGCAUCGACUUCCUCAAUGAAGAGGAACAUGAUUAUGAUCGAAGAUUCAACUUCCGAGUGAGAUGGAGCAUUCCCACGAGGAGGAAACCGAUCCCAAGAGCCACAGCAUCAGUUUACUUCACUAUCAAAGUCUCAAAGAUUAAACCACAGAGUCUUCCAGUUGAAGUGUAUUAUGUGUUUGAAGGAAGCCGGCUUGUGCAUAGGCCGGGGAAUUCCCGCUUUAGAGAAGUUUGGCUGAAAAACGUGGUGUCGAGUAAAAUCGAAGCAAUGGAACAAGUUACUUUCUAGUCUUGUUUAUUUAGAAUAAGUUACUUUUGUUAUUGCACUGUGUUCAUUUAUUCAUGUUACUUAUGCCUGUUUGUGGCAUUAAAGAUAAGCUAAAAGUAAUGUGAAUUAUUCACAGUGAAUGUAGAUUAAGUUUACUGUAUUAUACGUCAUGUUAUAUAUAUAUUUUAUGAGUUCCCAAUUACUAACAGUUCAAACAUCUAUUUUGGGGCAGAAUAUAUUUAUAGUAUUGUACGUACUGCUCAAAUCACUGUUUUAAUGAUUAAUAACAGUUUAUACAUUUAUGGAU